CGCUGCACAGUCUCGCGAUCGUCAUCGCGUAGAAACGUGAUUCUCGUUUACGAUAGUUACCACCACGACUUUGUUUCACUGUUGGCUCGCGUCUGAUAACGUGACAACUGCUGUGUUGUUGUGAAUAUAAAAUGCAAUAAUUGUGAAUUUUACUUUUUUCCUUCAUCAUAUACCCGUAAGAACGAAUCUUUUUUUCUUUCGCAAACGUUAAUUUCCUCGACCUGUAUGACGAGAAAAUAACAAAUUUAAAGAAGCACUUUCGUCGUAUCACAAAAGGAAGGAGGAAGAGCCUGUAAUUUCGCAAAGAGAUCAUUCGAGAUAGUCUCUUUGAACGAACGUUUGCUGUUACCGUUUGCCUAGUGGUCGAUCAUCGGCUCGUUGAUCGACGCGUUGAUCCGGCUCCCUAGGUGGGAAGUUCAAAGCGGAAGAAGAAGUUGGGGGAGAGAGAGAAAGAGAGAGAGACACACACACACACACACACACAGAGAGAGAGAGAGAGAGCAAAAAGAGAGAGAGAGAGAGAGAGAGAGAGAGAGAAAUCGGAAGAGGAGAAUCUCGAGUUCCCCGCGUGUUCAUCGACGGUGAUGUGGUGUUUAACCCCGUUAGAAUCCAGCGGAUCGUGAACAGAUCGAGAGCAGCCGAACAAUAGAGCCGCUCACCACCGGUGCGAUAUUUCUCGAUGGGUUGCUCGUAGCCCGUGAUCGCCUGCGCGUAUUUGUCUGGUGUCUAUAUCGCAUCACUACUACGACGACGACGACGACGACGACGACGACCAAGAGGAGGAAAGAGGAGGAGGAGGAGGUGGAGGUGGAGGAGGAGGAGGAGGUGGAGAAGGAGGGAGGAGAGGAUAGGUCGUAGCGGCAGGAAGAGAUCGUCGUUAUAGGGGGAGAUCGCCAUAGCUGAUCGUACCACCCAAGGUGGCACAGAUUGAGAGGUCCCAUCAGCGUAACAUCCUCUCGGCGAUUCGAAGCAUUUCGCGAACCACAUCUCGUUCCUCGCCUUGAUAUCACCUUUUCUAUUUCUCUCAUUUCUCUCUCUCUCUCUCUCUCUCUCUCUCUCUCUCUUUCUCUCUCUUUCUCCUUCUCCUUCUUUCUUUCUUUCUUUCUCUAUCUCUUUUCUUUUCUCUCUUUGUCUAUCCCUUUCUUUUUAAUAUAUCUUUAUUUUCCUCUUCUCUCUCUCUUUCUUUCUCUCUCUCUCUCUCUCUCUCUCUUUCUUUCUCUCUUUUUCCUGAUCUAAAGCAAAGGACUCCGUGAACAUUCGGAAGUAACAAUUAUUGAACACGUACAAAAGAAGAGUAGAAAUUUGCAACAAGAAGAACACCCAUCUACUCCUCUUCCUCCUCUUCUUCCUCUUCCCUUAUUCCUCUCUUCUUCCUACUCACUCCAUUUCGUUCUUCUCGUCGAGUAGCAUCACGCAUCGGACACUUCCGGCUUUGCGGAAGCAACGCUCCAUGUGAACGACUGACGGCGAUCGCCUCACCUCGCGACUCAACUCAUUCAUCGAACAACGAUUUUGUCAUGGAGACCGCUACCGAACUAUCUCCUUUAUCUGGUCCGGAAAAGCAAGGUAGGGUAGUUGAAAGGACCUCCUAUUAUCCGCAAGAGCCAGGUAAAAGGCCACAAACCAGAAAGGAAAAAAUGCAAUCAUGUUUGAGGCACAAUGCCUUGACCAUACUAACCGUUGCUGGCGUAGUCGGUGGUAUUGUCUUAGGAAUAAUCCUAAGGAAUUCCCGAAGCGAUAGAUAUACAAAUCGUGAGAUUAUGUAUAUCAAUUAUGCCGGCGAUCUAUUUCUAAGAAUGCUCAAGAGUUUAAUUCUGCCGCUCAUCAUGUCAAGUUUGAUCUCAGCUAUUGGAUCAUUGGACUUAUCUCUCAGCGGCAAAAUCGGUGCACGUGCUAUUUCCUAUUACAUGGUCACAACGAUUAGUGCGGUUAUACUCGGUAUAAUUUUGGUCAUAUCUAUUCAACCAGGUGUAGGUAGCUCUGCUAAUUACGAAGAAAAAGUUCUUUCACAAAAUUCAUCAACCGUUGAUACGCUUUUGGAUUUAGUUAGGAACAUGUUCCCUCCGAAUCUGGUGCAAGCAUGUAUUUCUCAAAUGCGUACAGUAGUCAAAAAACCCGUAAACGGCGAUCAAGACAAUAUGGAUAACUGGGAUUUCACCGAAAAGGAUAUUCCUGGUAUGAAUAUUCUCGGUUUAGUCGUUUUCUCAACCGUAUUGGGCAUUACUCUAGGUAAAAUGAGUCAGGAAGGGAAACCACUUUUGAAUUUUUUCGAAUCCUUAUCAAGUGCCAUGAUGUUAAUCACCAAUUGGGUAAUUUGGUUGUCGCCAAUCGGUAUACUUUUUUUGGUGGCUGCAAAAAUCGUAGAAAUGGAAUCAUUGGAACAAAUAGUCGCACAACUUGGCAUGUACUUCCUAACGGUUCUAAUUGGCCUUUGCAUUCACGGUUUCAUCAUAUUACCUGGAUUGUAUUUUGUGGUAACAAAAAAGAAUCCCUACCGUUAUCUAUCCAAUAUGGCACAGGCAUUGGUCACUGCAUUUGGUACAUCAUCGAGUUCGGCGACAUUACCAGUUGCCAUAAAUUGUCUCGAAGAAAGAAACGGCGUCGAUCCGCGAAUAACCAGAUUUGUACUACCCAUAGGAGCUACAAUAAAUAUGGACGGUACUGCUUUGUACGAAGCAGUAGCCGCAAUUUUUAUAGCGCAAGUUCGCGAAGUCAGCCUCACUUUUGGACAAUUAGUGGCGAUCAGUAUUACUGCAACUGCCGCAAGUAUUGGAGCAGCUGGGAUCCCGCAGGCGGGAUUAGUUACUAUGGUGAUGGUUCUAGACACAGUACAUCUUCCAUCGAAUGAUGUCUUCCUUAUUCUUGCGGUUGAUUGGCUAUUGGAUCGCUGUAGGACGACAGUAAAUGUUAUGGGAGAUUCCCUUGGUGCAGGAAUCGUUAAUCAUUUAAGUAAAAAUGAAUUAACAGCAUUACCACAACAUAGACAAACUCAAAAUGGAGCAGACCAUUCAAUAUCGAUAUGAAAUGUGUAAGUGUGUUAACAGUUCGAAUACAAUAAUGCCCUAGUAGCAUUUAUUGGUAAUUGUUUUGCGAUCUAAUAUAGUUGUUUAUUAAAUUAUACAACAGUUCCAACGAUUUUGCUGUUAAAAUAAAAUAAAGAAACGUGAUUAAUUGGCUCACUGCACAAUUCCCACGUGCAUAUAAUUAUUAAUAAAUAAUAAAUAAAAAAUUGUAACGAAUAUAUAUAUAUAUAUAUAUAUAUAUAUGUAUAUAUAUAUUAUAUCGUAACGAUUAUAUAAAAAUCACGAUUAUUGUGUGCGUUCAGUAAAAUACUGCCUAUCUAUUGGAUCUAGUUAUUUUAAAUGUGUUCUCUCUUUUAUGUAACUUCGAUAUAUGUUUAUAUCGAAAAUUGUAAUAACAUUAAUAAUAGUCGCGAUUAAUUAAUAGUAGAAUCGUCAUUAUAUGGCCAUUUACGUUCUGGAUUUAGCGUUAGAUAUAAUAGCAAUAUGAUAACGACAAUAAUCGCGGUAAUACUCGUUUAUUCAAUUGCUCUAUAAUGCUCUAUAAUCUACUUGUCUGAUAAUAAUAUAAAGCAUAUUCUUUUGAAUCAAAUAUAUUGAUUAUGGUUCUAACAUUAUUUUAAUUAAGUUAGGAUAUUUAUGUAAAAAAUAUUAUAUACAUUUACUGAGUGGCAAAGAUAGUAGAAGGUUUUCUAUACAAUUUCAACAAAAAAUUUAAAAAAAUUAUAUAGAUAAACUUUUAAUUGCAGCAUUUCUUGAUCCUUUAUUAUUUAUUAUAGUACUAAAGCAUAUAAGCGUACUCAUUACGUAUGUAACAAUUUUAAUUUAGAACAGUAUUUUUGUAAUAUGAUGAUAAAUAGUUGCAAAUCCAUAGAUACGUGCAUAUAUAUAUAUAUAUAUAUAUAUAUAUAUAUAUGCACGCGCGUACGCUUUAAUAUAAUAUAUUGAUUUUACCAGAUUUGAUUAUGAGAACUAAUGUCCAUUCCAAUAAUGUUAAAAGUUAUAGUAAUAAUAUAUGUAAUUAUCGGACAUUACACAUAAAUAUAUUGAACGUAUCCAAGUGAUAAAGAUAUUGCAAUUAAAUGAUGAUGCUUGAAAAAUAUUUAUAGAAAAAAUUCAUUGGUGUUACAUUUUAUAAAUAUUGUGUUUCUAUUUUACGUUAUAUGUAUUCAAUUUUAUUAAAAAAAUUUAAACAAAUACUAGAAAUAUAUUUUUAUAUUGAUUCUGUAUAGUCAUUGAUAAAGAUUACAAAUAAUGUGUGAUGUAGUUUUAUCAUUUAAUUGCAUAGCAUUUUGUUUAUAAGAGAAUAAUACAAACGCUAACCAGUGAUCUAAGAAAUUUCUUUUUACUUGUUUUAUCAUUUACCUUUUGGUGAUCUUAUUUAUUGCAUUUUAAUUAUAUAAUCAAAAUUAUACCUUUUUCUUAUCUUUUAGCCACUAUUGUGAAUAUUUAAGAAAAAUAUCAAAAUACAGUAGGACUUUCAUUAAGCAAGGUUUAAUUUUAUAGCUUUUUAUCUAUCUAAACUUUUAUCAUUUGAAAUACAUAGUUAAAUCAUAUGUGUGAAAAAUACUUUUAUAAUAUACAAUAAGUAAUUUCAACUUAUUCAAUAUUGAUCCAUCUUGAUAACCUAUUUAAUUUAUGUCCUACUGUAGUUAUGAUAAUACAAAUAUUCAUUAAUAAAUAAUAUAAACGAUAGAAGAAAUAAUAUCGGUGCCAUUAAAUAUUACUAACACUACUUUUAAUGAACUCUAUUGUGUUCAUCAUUUUUUUGUUAUGUUCAAAACUAUACAAGAAAUGGACCGUUUAAAGAUAACAUUAAUCAAUAGUUUUUAAUUAAUUGUAACAAAUAUCUAAAACAAUUAAUGUAUAAUGUAAUUUAUAAUUCACAUCUCUGUAUAAAAAUAGGAUCUGCACCUUUACUUAUAAACAUGCCAUAGAUGCAAAACUAAAGAUUAUGUACAGUCAUCCCUAUAAAUAAACAAUUGUUGUGCUUACAUGCAAA